AUGGGGGUCAAGUCGGCUGAGAAGCCGCAAUACGAGUUUCUAGGACCUCCAGGUGCUGCAUUUAUAGUUUUCGGACUGCCGCUCCUUACCUACGCCAGCGUUUUUCUUUGCAACGAUGUCUCGGGUUGUCCUGCACCGGCCCUCCUGGAUCCCAAGAGCUUGACUCUUGCAAAACUCAAGGCACAAAUCCCAUGGCCAGAAGAAGGUCUUAUCGGCCUGUUCGAUGCAGGAGUCAUGGCGUGGACUUUGGGAUACUAUGCAGUCAGUCUGGUAUUGCAGCUAUGUCUACCAGGUGAAGAAGUAUACGGGUCAACACUUGCAACAGGGGGAAGGCACCACUACAAAUUCAAUGCGUUCAACUCUGCAGUUCUUAUAUUUGCCGGUCUAGCUGUCGGUACCGCAAUCCAGGGUGCGGAUUUUGUGGUCUGGACCUUCAUCUGGGACAAGUUCCCCCAAUUGCUCACGGCGAAUCUGGUCAUCUCCUACGUCUUAUCCGCAUAUGUCUACCUGGCUUCCUUCGGCGUCCCUCGAGCUGGGCAGCCCAACCCGCAGCACCGCGAAUUGGCCCAUGGUGGGCAUACUGGCAACAUGCUCUAUGACUUCUUCAUUGGUCGAGAGCUAAACCCCCGACUCACGGUGCCUAGCUGGGUUCCUGUUGCGGGAGGCCAGGUCUUCGACAUCAAAGUCUUCAUGGAGAUGAGGCCCGGCUUGCUGGGUUAUAUCAUACUCGAUCUUGCAUUCAUUGCUCAUCAAUACAAGGAACAUGGACAUGUGACGGAUUCCAUCAUAUUGAUCACCUUUUUCCAAGCACUGUACGUCCUUGACGCUCUCUACAUGGAGCCGGCAAUCCUCACCACAAUUGACAUUAUCCGCGACGGGUUUGGGUUCAUGCUUGCCUUUGGAGAUCUCGUAUGGGUGCCAUUCAUUUACAGUCUUCCAGCACGUUAUCUGGCCGUCUAUCCGUUCUCCCUGGGAAUCACUGGUAUUGUAGGCGUCCUGGCGGUCCAGUUCCUUGGUUAUUACAUCUUCCGUUCAGCCAACAACGAGAAGAACCGUUUUCGUACGAAUCCCAGCGAUCCGCGAGUCUCACAUCUCGAAACCAUCUCCACGGAAUCAGGUUCGAAACUGCUUGUUUCUGGCUGGUGGGGUCGUGCUCGUCAUAUCAAUUACUGCGGCGAUUGGAUCAUGUCUUUUAGUUACUGUUUGCCCACCGGUAUUGCUGGUUAUGUUAUCCACACAUACACCAACCCGGUUACUGGAGCGGUGACGAGGGAAGUGAAGCAAGGGGCGGCAAGAGGCUGGGGGAUGAUCUUUACCUACUUCUACAUCGUCUACUUUGGUGUCUUGCUAGUCCACAGAGAGUUAAGAGACGAGGAGAAAUGCCGACAAAAGUACGGCAAAGAUUGGGAACGCUACUGCAAGCGGGUCAAAUGGAGAAUCAUCCCAGGCAUCUAUUGA